AAACCAUAUUUACAAUAAUCUAUCUCAACCAUCGUGCUUUUUUCUGAACAGUAUGAUCAAUAACACUGUGUCCCAUCUCUGUCAGAGCUUGUCGUCUCCCAGUGUCCUGCUGGUGGAGCCAUUCUAUGGUGGAUCUCACAAACAGCUGAUCGACCUUCUGAACGAAAAUAUCAUCGGCUGCUGCGUCUUCACACUCCCCGCCAAGAAGUGGCACUGGAGGGCGAGAACGGCUGCACUGUACUUCAGCCAGACCAUCCCCACCUGUCCAACAUACAGGGUUCUGUUCAGCAGCUCGGUCCUGAACCUGUGUGAGCUGGUGGCUCUCAGACCUGAUCUGGCUCGACUGAAGAAGAUCCUCUACUUCCAUGAGAACCAGCUGGUUUACCCGGUCCGCAAAGACCAGGAGAGAGACUUCCAGUACGGAUACAACCAAGUUCUGUCAUGCCUGGUGGCGGACAUCGUCGUUUUCAACUCGUUCUUCAACAUGGACUCCUUCCUGUCAUCUAUCUCCUCCUUCAUGAAGAAGAUUCCUGACCAUCGACCCAGAAACCUCGAGCAGCUGAUCCGUCCCAAGUGUAUGGUCCUGAGCUUCCCGCUCCAGUUUCCUGACGUCAGCAGGCUGAUGCCCAAACACAAACUGGUCCGUCAGCAGCAGAUCAGAGCUGAACCUCACACUCACAGGUAAACUCACCUG